UGUAUAUGCGCACAAGGACCUACCGAAAAUGGAGUAUGUAUUGACAUGUACGAUGUUGGUAACGUAAAACUUAGUAAUUUUAGCUAUUUUUACAAUGCAGAUGUAGGGAUUUUUAAGUGCUGUAUCGCAAAUGAGUUUCAAGAUGUCCAGUUCAAACAGAUUCCCAAGAAGAUCGCGUGGGGAUUUUGAGAUAGCAGGUUUAUACGACCUCGAAGAGACGAUUGGCAAGGGCCACUUUGCAGUUGUGAAGUUAGCCCGACAUGUGUUUACAAAUGAGAAGGUUGCUGUUAAAGUUAUAGACAAAACAAAAUUAGAUGAUAUUUCAAAAUCACAUUUAUUUCAAGAAGUACGUUGUAUGAAACUAGUCCAGCAUCCAAAUGUUGUGAGACUAUAUGAAGUGAUAGACACCCAAACAAAACUGUAUCUUAUUCUUGAGUUGGGUGAUGGGGGUGAUAUGUAUGAUUACAUAAUGAAGCAUGAAAAGGGUCUACCUGAAGACAAAGCUAGACGCUAUUUUAGACAAAUUGUAGAGGCAAUUUCAUACUGUCACAAACUUCAUGUGGUUCACCGAGACUUGAAGCCAGAAAAUGUAGUGUUCUUUGAAAAACUAGGCAUUGUGAAAUUGACAGACUUUGGUUUUAGCAACAUGUUUAAUCCAGGAAAAAAAUUAGAAACGUCAUGUGGUUCUUUAGCAUACUCUGCACCGGAGAUUCUUCUUGGUGACUCCUAUGAUGCUCCUGCUGUUGAUGUGUGGAGUUUAGGAGUGAUACUGUACAUGUUGGUCUGUGGAGAACCCCCCUUCCAGGAAGCCAAUGACAGUGAGACACUGACGAUGAUCAUGGACUGCAAAUACCUGAUUCCUGAUCAUAUAUCCAGUGCAUGCAAAGAUCUGAUUCACAAAAUGUUACAAAGAGAUCCUGCCCAUCGUGCCAGAUUAAAUGACAUUCUUAACCACCAGUGGUUGUGUACUGGGGAUUACAUGGCCCCAACAGUCCCCCUCAUCUCAAGGGAACACCUGUCUGAAGAGGAUCACAAUUAUUUGAUUGAGAAAAUGGUGGAAGGCAGCAUAGCCACCAAGGAUGAAAUUCUUGGAUCAUUAGACAAAGACUUGUAUGAUCACAUCACAGCUACCUAUUACCUGUUAGCAGAGCGCAAACUGAAGCGACACCAUCAGGAAAUGGCCCUAGCUCAUAUUCGGAAGCAUUCGGCCAAACCUGAAAACAGCCCUGUUCACAGUAUCAAGCCCUCCCUGGAGCUCUCCCUUUCUCCACGAGUCACAGCCCCAUAUAGCAAUACCGAAGCAAAGAAGACCAGAACUGCUCCCUUGUUUAAUCAAACUGCACUUGAUAUUCCCGUUAGUCCUCCUCCAGGGGAAUCCAGAAAUGACUUUAUGAAAAGUCUGACCACCAGUAUGACUCUAGAUCGUAAAGCUGUUAACAAAUCCAAUCUUAAAACAGACAGAUCUGGAAGUCUGACUGGAGCUGAACCCAAUCCAGUUCUCCAGCUCAGUGCCCAGAGAUCUGGUAGUGUUAGUCCACAGACUGGAAUUCGGCGGUUCUUACCAUCCUUGGGAACUAUUCCAGAUACAGUACUCACUGGUUCCAGGAGCUCAACUGACUUAGAUAAGAUUAGCCAGAGUAAUGGCAAGAAAAAGGGAUUUGCCCCCAUUUCCAAAAUUCAGAUUCUCAAGUCUUUCUUUGAGAGAAAAGUUGCUCAACUGUCUGGUAAACCAACCACUCCAGAUAGGUUAACUGGAUUAUUCAAACCCCCCAAAUCUUCCAAGGAGAAACUUGCCAGACCAAGAGUUGUCCCAACCAUAAAUAUCCUCGAUACCGAUGCACCUGACUCAAAUGUAAGACCGGGGAAAAGCAAGCUCGGAAAGUCAAAAAAAUCUAAGACAAAGACUGAUGGUGUCCAGUCUAAAGAAACAAAAGAGGAACAACUUCGUCGUCCAAAGACCAGCAUUGUCCAGUCUCUUGUCUCUCCUCCCGGAACACACCCCACAUCCUCAGCCACCCCUGACUCCAGAGGAAUGAGGAAGUACAGUCUCAUCCAGGAGGAGUCGUUGGAUGAUGAAGAUGACGAGGAACUCAUGGAAGUGGAUCCUGCUGAUAUCCGUCCAGCAAAAUCAGUGGAAAGUUUGGAUGAUGGAAUCACUUGGAAAGGUCCAGGGCAGAGCCUGCCAUCGUUCGAGCCACUGCAGAUGAAAAGACCUCUGGUGUCUGUGGCAAGUUCUCCUCAACUGUUGAAUCAGAUUUGUGAGGAGAAUGAGACAGAUGUAGAAGAGGAGGAUGAUUUUGUGCCAAAUAAACUGCACUCGCCACGAAUGAGGAUCAGUCGAGGGAGUUGUGCUUCUCCAGAGGUGUUGAGAAAGUAUGAACAAAGAAAGAAACGCUCGGGUUCAAAGGUCACAAGCUGUAGUAGUUCUGAUGCUAGUGAUACCGAUGAUACAGAGAAACGCUCACGGAAGGACAAAUUAAAGCCAAAAUUUAUGCACAGAAGGGACAGUAGUGAUCAUUCAAGUGAUACAGACGGGGGUCCAUCAGGGCCUUCAACUGGGGGUUUAGGUGGGGGAAGAGCAAGUGCAGGAGGAGGGGGAAAAGAAAGGGGAAAUAAGGAUAGAAAGGGGGGUGGGGGCAGUAAAGGUCACAAGGAAGGCAAGUCAGGGGGAGGGGGAGGAAAACAGCAUACUCAUUCAUGUAGGUCAAGAAGUGGAGAAAGUAGCAUAUCUUCUGCCAUAUCUAACUUAAGCAUGUCAAGCAUCAAUAGCAAAAACAGUCUCAAGUACAUAGUGGAAGGUGAUGAGAGCAAUGACAGUGAUGUAGAGGACAAUGACAUGAAGACUGAUGAUAAGGAAGAAGUGAGAGAAAGAAAUUACAUUGACAAAGUGUGUGACAAAGAGAAUAAAAUUUGUGAGGAGGUGAUCUCGCUGUGCUCUUCAGACUGCAGUGGUCAUCAUCAUGAUAAGAAGGUAUAUGGAAACAGACUGAAAAUCAAAGUGGACAUCAACAGAAAUAGCUUCUGCAAAGUUCAGGAGUCAAGUCUUCAUCCAAUCAAAAUUCAGACAAAGUGUUGCUCUCUUGUAUAAUUAGAGAAGGGGGUUUAAUUUUGAUUUAAUUAAGUUUUCUUUUACCUGUGUCUUUUUUUUUUGGUUCAAACUGUCAAUGUUAGUUUUCAAAUACAUGUAUAAUAUAUUUUUAACUGAGUUGCUUGUGACUAAUUCAAAAAAAUCUUAAUCUUUGUUCAGAAUGGUAUUUUUUUUUAAAUAUGCUUGUUAAAAUUUUUAAAUCUCUGAUGUAGGAAAGAUGCGGGUAAUUUUUUAAAAACAUAACUUUGAUCAUCAGUACAUGAUUAUUUUUUUUUUUUCAAAAAGUGUUUCAGUUUAAUGGCUUGAUGUGAAAAUGUUUAUUUCACUUGUACAAGAAUAUUGCAACAUUGUAUCACUGAUAAUUAUAAUGUAGUUUUGUGCAAAGCCAUAUCUUAACCAACAUUUGAAAAUACAUAACUUUUUUUGAAUUUGAUUUCAAAAUUUCAUAUAACAAAGGACAGAACAAGUUAAUGAAUGGUUGUAUUGGGUAUUUCAAUAUCUGCAUGCUUGUUUUAGCUGUUUGUAUAAAAUAUCUUGUUACUCCUUUGUAAAAUCUCUCUUUAAAAUAUCUAAAUUAACAUGAAAUGUAAAAGGUUUGAAUGUCAUCAAAGUCUUGUUUUGUAACAAGAAUAAUUCAUCAUCAAUUAUUAAAUUAAAAAAAAAAAAAGAAAAAAUUGUGAGGUAUUGUAGAAAUGUUUUAUUUGUCAGAGAGAUAAAUAUAUCACUUUAGAGAAAAGUAAUGGUUAUAAUUAAUUGUACAUACUGUAUAAACACAUAGAUACUUGAGAGUUGUAGAAGUGUUGUCUGGGAGCUGGCCUCCUUGAUAUAUACUAGGAGAAGUUUUCUUGUGCCUGAGGACUUGUAGAAAAGUAGAUAUAUAUAUAUAAAUGUUUAAUUAGUGUGAAAGAUGAUUUCACUAGUUUUAUUGCAUGUUUAUCUGCCAUAUAUUUAUAUCCAAGUGUGCAAUUCUGAUAAAAAGAUGCACACAAGAAAAUUUCAAUUUCUAUUAUGUUAUAGAAUGUUGUCAUAAAACUCUGUCAAAAUGCAUAUUUUUGAUUAUAAUAGAGUCAAUUGCCAGUGAAUUUUUAAAUGUGUAUAAGAUAUUUUUAGCUACCAUGACUAUUUAUUACUCUUUAUGACUACUUGCUAUUUCCUGGUAACUUAUUAGAUGAGAUUAGAGUUAUCUCUCUUUUUUAAAGAUUGACAAGCUGUAUUUGUGCUGUAAAAUGCAUGAAUAAGACAAUCAAUUUAAAUAUAACACUAACUCAAUUGUGAUACAUGUUCUGAUGUUCAUAUCCUUUUCAGAAAUCAUCAGGACAAAUUAUCACAUGAUGUUAAUGUUUUUUGGCGUUUUGUGCAGCAUGAAAGCCAUAUUUGAAUACAUUUUUAAAAAAGAAAAGGUUGUAUUGUGAAGUUUGAUUUUUCAUGCAUAAGCAGAAUUAAAUCCUAGAGAACAAUCAUAUACUUUUGACUUUUAUAAUAUUUGGCUUUGUAAAAUGUUUUAAACUAUUCAUCUUCAAUAAUUAAAUUUAUCGUGUGAUUAGUUUAAUUGUUAAAAAGGUCAAACUUAACUCUGAUGAGAUCAGAUUAUUUAAAUUGUUUGUUACGAAUUCUUUUUUAGUCUUUAACUGAAUUUGAAAAAAAAGUUUGUUUUCAUUAUAUUUGAUAUUCAUUUCCACUAUCAACAUGUUCACACUGUAUCAGCCUUGUUGUGAUUAUAGGUAGUUUGAUGUUCGUCCACGUCAACAAAGUUGUUCUGUUUGUUAUUUAUAGCAGCUGUUAAAUGUGUGAGAGCGCCUUGUGUGUUGAAAAAGAAGUGCUUUGUUGAAUUUGUGAGAUAUGUGGAAAAUAGAAACAUAAAACUUACUACAAA